AACAUCCGGGACCGCGGAGCCGUCCACCUACGGAAGCCGGGACGCUGGUCGAGCGUCUGUUGUUUCCGACCUCCGCAGCAUCGUGGUGGGGAUCGAAUGCUGCGGCCUUCCCGGACAGAGCUCCUGGAGACCUGGUCUCGAGCCGGCCAUUUCGGCGGAGAAGUGGCAGCACAACGAACUGACUACUAAGAAGAAUGGAUUUUACAGAGGCCUACUCGGACACGUGCUCUGCAGUUGGACUUGCUGCCAGGGAAGGCAAUGUUAAAGUCUUAAGGAAACUACUCAAAAAGGGCCGUAGUGUUGAUGUUGCUGAUAACAGGGGAUGGAUGCCAAUUCAUGAAGCAGCUUAUCACAACUCUAUAGAAUGUUUGCAGAUGUUAAUUCAUGCAGAUUCAUCUGAAAACUACAUCAAGGCAAAGACUUUUGAAGGCUUCUGUGCGUUACAUCUUGCUGCCAGUCAAGGACAUUGGAGGAGUGUACAGAUUCUUUUAGAAGCUGGGGCAGAUCCUAAUACAACUACUUUAGAAGAAACCACACCAUUGUUUUUAGCUGUUGAAAAUGGACAGAUUGAUGUGUUAAGGCUGCUCCUCCGACAUGGAGCAAAUGUUAAUGGAUCCCAUUCUAUGUGUGGAUGGAACUCCUUGCACCAGGCUUCUUUUCAGGAAAAUGCUGAGAUCAUAAAAUUGCUUCUUAAAAAAGGAGCAAACAAGGAAUGCCAGGAUGACUUUGGAAUCACACCUUUAUUUGUGGCUGCUCAGUAUGGCAAACUAGAAAGCUUGAGCAUACUUAUUUCAUCGGGUGCAAAUGUCAAUUGUCAAGCCUUGGACAAAGCUACUCCCUUGUUUAUUGCUGCUCAAGAGGGUCACACAAAAUGUGUAGAGCUUUUGCUGUCCAGUGGGGCAGAUCCUGACCUUUACUGUAAUGAAGACAAUUGGCAGUUACCCAUUCAUGCAGCUGCACAAAUGGGCCAUAUGAAAAUCUUGGACUUGUUAAUACCACUUACCAACCGAGUGUGUGACACUGGGCCAGACAAAGUGAGCCCUGUUUAUUCAGCAGUGUUUGGAGGACAUGAACAGUGCCUGGAAAUACUGCUGCAGAAUGGCUACCACCCGGAUGCCCAGAUGUGCCUUGUCUUUGGAUUCAGUUCUCCCAUGUGCAUGGCUUUCCAGAAGGACUGUGAGUUCUUUGGAAUUGUGAAUAUUCUUUUGAAAUAUGGAGCUCAGCUAAAUGAACUUCAUUUGGCAUACUGCCUGAAAUAUGAGAAGUUUUCAGUAUUUCGCUACUUUCUGAAGAAAGGUUGCUCAUUGACAUCGUGGAACCAUAUAUCUGAAUUUAUAAAUCAUGCAAUUAAAGCACAAACAAAAUAUAAGGAAUGGUUGCCACAUCUCCUGCUUGCUGGAUUUGACCCGCUGACUCUACUAUGCAGUUCUUGGAUUGACUCAGUCAGCGAUGACACCCUUAUCUUUACUUUGGAGUUUACUAAUUGGAAAAGACUUCCGCCAGCUAUUGAAAAGAUGCUCUCUGCUCGUGCUUCAAACUCCUCUUGGACUCUACAACAACAUAUUGAAUCAGCACUGACCAGCAGCAGUCCAGUCCCUUUUCCACACCCCUUGAGAAAUCACCCAAGAAUCUGGACUCCAGAGGGACAGGCCUCCAGACCAAUGAGUGAGAGUGGAGGGGAGUGCUGGGAGCUCAGAAUUGCAGCCUCAAUCCCAUACUUAACCCAUCUGUGUCGUUUGGAAAUUCGAUCCAGUCUAAAACGAGAACACCUACAGUCUGAUGGUUUUAUUCAUCAGUUACCACUUCCAAGAAGCUUACAAAAUUAUUUGCUCUAUGCAGAUGUUCUGAGGAUGAAUGAUGUUCCAGAACUGACAGCUAUUCAAGAUGGAGAAAUCAGUGAAUCCACUUAACAUAGCUCAUUUCUUUCUCUGAAAACUACUGAGACAAAAGAGCCAUACCGUACAAAUUAUUAUUCAUGAUUUUUUAGCCAAAAGAUGAUUGUUGUUUGUGUGGUUGGAUUGGGGCUAUAGUAGUUUAAUUUGAAUGUUUACAACUGGGCUUCCCA